UAUAAUCCUCAAGGACGAGAGAAAAGGAGAAGCGCGGAGAUUGUGGAAAAUAGAAGGAAGAAACUUGUGGAAGUAUUACGAUGGCGCUUGUUUUCCUCAGGCCCUCGUCUCCUUAUCACCUCUUCUACUCUCUCCGACUACGCUUCAUGGCGUCUCGCUCCCUCUCUUCUUUCCAUUAUUCUUCUUGUCCUUCUCAGUUGUCUUCUUCUUCUUCUGUCGUUUUCUCUUCUCCGCCCCCCUUCUUCAAGCCUUCAAGGACGAAUUUUCCAUUGAGAAGGAUUUCGAUUCGCUUUGUUACGCGAAAUGCGGCGUCUCCGAGAGCUUUCAUGUCGACGAGUACAGCUGACGCUCUACAAGAAAGUGCCAACUCAAAAGCUUACGGGUCUGAUCAAAUUCAGGUACUGCAAGGCUUAGACCCUGUUAGAAAAAGGCCAGGGAUGUAUAUUGGAAGCACAGGACCUCGUGGUUUACACCACCUGGUUUAUGAAAUAUUAGAUAAUGCUGUUGAUGAGGCUCAAGCGGGAUUUGCUUCAAAGAUAGAUGUUGUUCUGCAUGCAGAUGAUUCUGUGAGCAUCACUGACAAUGGUCGCGGGAUUCCUACUGAUUUGCAUCCAGUUACAAAGAAAUCUGCAUUAGAGACUGUGUUGACGGUACUUCAUGCAGGUGGCAAAUUUGGUGGUUCCAGUAGUGGAUAUUCUGUGUCAGGUGGUUUGCACGGUGUGGGUUUAUCUGUCGUUAAUGCCUUGUCUGAGGCACUAGAAGUUACCAUUUGGCGUGAUGGAAUGGACUACCAGCAAAAAUAUUCUCGCGGGAAGCCUGUGACAACUCUAACAGCUCAAGUACUUCCACCUGAAUUGAAAGAUCAUCUAGGAACACGCAUCAGAUUUUGGCCAGACAAAGAAGUAUUCACUACUGCUAUUCAGUUUGACUACAACACAAUAGCUGGAAGAAUUAGGGAGCUAGCUUUUCUCAACCCAAUGCUUACCAUCACUCUUAAAAAAGAGGAUAAUGAUUCCGAGAAGAACCAGUAUAAUGAGUACUACUAUGCUGGGGGGUUGGUUGAAUAUGUGAGAUGGCUAAAUGCUGAUAAGAAACCGCUUCAUGAUGUCGUGGGUUUCAGAAAAGAAAGUGAUGGCAUCACAAUUGAUGUAGCUCUCCAAUGGUGUUCCGAUGCGUAUUCAGAUACGAUGCUGGGAUAUGCUAACAGUAUUCGUACAGUUGAUGGAGGCACCCAUAUAGAUGGUACAAAGGCUUCUUUAACAAGAACUCUAAAUAACCUUGGGAAGAAGUCAAAGAUUAUCAAGGAGAAGGAUAUUACUUUAAGCGGUGAACAUGUAAGGGAGGGUUUAACGUGUGUGGUCUCGGUCAAGGUUCCAAAUCCAGAAUUUGAAGGACAAACAAAGACAAGGUUGGGAAAUCCAGAGGUGCGAAAAGUGGUUGAUCAAUCUGUUCAAGAGUAUCUUACUGAAUACUUAGAGUUACAUCCAGACGUACUUGAUUCGAUACUUUCCAAGUCUCUAAAUGCUCUAAAGGCAGCUCUGGCGGCAAAGAGGGCAAGGGAAUUGGUGAGACAAAAGAGUGUAUUACGAUCGUCAUCUCUUCCUGGAAAGCUAGCCGAUUGCUCAUCCACAAAUCCUGAAGAAUCAGAGAUCUUUAUAGUUGAAGGAGAUUCAGCUGGCGGAAGUGCAAAGCAAGGUCGUGAUAGGCGCUUUCAGGCUAUUCUUCCUUUGAGGGGUAAGAUUCUGAACAUUGAAAGAAAGGAUGAGGCGGCAAUGUACAAAAACGAAGAGAUUCAAAAUCUCAUUCUUGGUCUUGGACUUGGAGUAAAGGGGGAAGACUUCAAAAAGGAGGCUCUUCGAUAUCAUAAGAUUAUCAUCUUAACAGAUGCUGAUGUAGAUGGUGCACACAUCCGAACAUUGCUGUUGACAUUUUUCUUCAGAUAUCAGAGAGCCUUAUUUGAUGAAGGUUUCAUAUAUGUUGGUGUUCCACCCCUUUACAAGGUUGAAAGGGGGAAGCAAGCAUACUACUGCUAUGAUGAUUCUGAACUGAGAAAGCUUCAGAAAUCUUUCCCUUCAAAUGCAUCAUACAACAUUCAGAGGUUCAAAGGCCUGGGAGAGAUGAUGCCUGUACAAUUAUGGAAUACAACAAUGGAUCCAGAGCAAAGGCUGCUAAAGCAGUUAGUGGUUGAAGAUGCUGCUGAGGCAAAUGUUGUAUUUUCCUCCCUUAUGGGUUCCCGGGUGGAUGGCCGGAAGGAACUAAUACAGAAAUCUGCAAGCAUGAUUAAUCUUGACCAGCUGGAUAUUUGAAGGUGGCUUGUGUACUAGCGUCAAUACUGCAUGCGAUAAGAUGGAGAGAUGAUGGAAACUCGUUUACUGUGUUAACAGUGGUAACGCAAAAAUGGAUUGUGGUGCAGCUUCUAAUUGUGGUCAACACCAUUUACGAAGGCAUUCAGUUUUCUUGAUCUUUGGGCCAAAAUUCGUGAUAAUUGAUUGCUCUUUUUUUGAGCGUGGGAGGGAAAUAUAAAUAGGUGGAUGGAAGGGAAUUUUUGCCUUAAGUGUGUAAACAUACUGUUGUCCACAUGCUAUGGUUUUUAUUCGAACGUUGUACUAUUUUGACGUUACUUUUUCCAAGUUGGAUUAGCUAGAGAGCAAACAAGACCGACUAAUGUGCCUAAUUCAGUAGUUUAUUAUAUUCGACAUCUUAUCCAACAGAUAA